AUGAAUCAACCUCCGCCGUACAUGGACGGCCAUGCGCCGGUUUCAGCGCCGCAGUAUGCCGGAUACGGUCAACCACAGGCACUGCAGCCAGCUACGCACAGCUAUUCGGCACAGCCUUACCCAGGCUACUCGUACCCGAACACCAUGCCGCCAAUGUCUGCAGGCCAUCCGGUGACAUCUUCAAUGGGUGGUCAGAUGGUCCAGUCUCUUCCACUGCCAACCAUGGCCUCCAGCCAGCCUCCAGCGGGCAAUCAGCAAUUCCAGCAGUCCUUUGACACCACCGGACAAAUUGCGCCUCAUGGCAUGAAGCCGAGAGUCACAGCAACUCUCUGGGAAGACGAAGGUAGCCUGUGUUUCCAGGUGGAAGCAAACGGUGUCUGCGUUGCGAGACGCGAGGACAACCACAUGAUCAACGGAACCAAGUUGCUGAACGUUGCUGGUAUGACGCGUGGUCGUCGUGAUGGCAUCCUCAAGAGCGAGAAGACGCGUCAUGUUGUCAAGAUUGGGCCAAUGCAUCUCAAGGGUGUCUGGUAAGACAAGUCCCAACCGCACUUCAUUUCUACCUUACUGACUUGUUUGCAGGAUUCCUUUCGAUCGCGCGUUGGACUUUGCGAACAAGGAGAAGAUCACGGAACUCCUCUAUCCUCUGUUUGUUCACAACAUCGGUGCCUUGCUCUAUCACCCUACCAACCAGGCGCGCCAGAGCAUCGGCAACGCCGCAAUGGCCGCUGCUGCGCGUCGUCCGGAUUCCUCUCCAGAGUACAUGCGCACGCCGCAAGGUACUCAACCUCCUGCCUUGACGCACCACCAUUCAAUGGCGAACCCCGUCGGGACCAGUAUGCCUCAACAACCACCUCAUUCGAUUGCGCCGCAUCCCGCUUCGGGUAGGCCUGGGCUGGACCGUGCUCACACGUUUCCAACCCCACCAGCAAGCGCUUCGAGCAUCUCCAUGGGCAUGGGUAACACCGGUAGCUCUUAUGAGUAUGGCGGAUCGGCUGGCCAAAUCCAAUCGGGUAAGCAUUCUCCUUUUCUCGUUUCUCAAAGCAGCGUUGUGAGCAGGGCAGAGCAGAGCAGAGCAGGACAGAGCAUGGCAGAGCAGCGCGCAUCAGAGCAGCGCGCAUCAGAGCAGAGCGCAUCAGAGCAGAGCAGGCGACUGAUAUUCGCAGCUACCACACCUCCUGGUAACUCCCAGGACAUGCAAUACCCGACCAGCCAAGCACCAUACGACAGUCAGCGCCAGAUGUACUCCGCGCCAGGCUCCUACAGUCAGCAUCAGUAUGGCCAACAGCCUGGCAUGCCUCGUUACGGCUCCAUGCAGACGAGCCCAGGUGGCGUAAAGACCGAGAUGGGCCCGCCUGCCCGCGCCGGCGCCGAAAACGAUCACCCUGACAGCAAAGCCCACGAUGGCUACGGCGGUCAACAAGAUGCUGAAGGCGAACAUGAGGGUGAAUAUACCCACACCAGUGCGUCUAAUGGCGCCAGACGACCCUCGUACAAUUAUAAGCCUAACCCAGCACCAGGACCAUUACACUCUGACCCUCAGCACAUCUCGCCUCAUCAGAAUGGCUCUGGCAGAGCCACUCCGCGUACCACGAACACCUAUGCCAGCUACGACGGCACGCCACAGCGGCCGACCCAGCUGCCAUCGAGCAACCUCAAUUACGUGAUGAGCAACGACGCGCGAGCCGGCGCUCCCAAUGGUCAACCAGACUAUGGAGCUCAAUCUAGCUAUCAGCCAGCACCUCAGUACCCAUCGAUGAACGGCGCGAUCUCGGGAACCAAGCGCGGUCGUGAUGACGACCAAGAGGAUCCAUAUGGUCGCCCAAUGAGUGCUACCGGUGACGCCGCUCUGAAGAGACAGCGCACUGAUCCAAGUGCCAUGUCUGCCCGGCCGAUCAGCCAGCCUCAGUCAGCGAAAGUCGGUGGACCUGUGAGGCGAUAA